GGAAAGACGAGCAGCCAAAGCUAGCUGGAGGCUGGACCAGUACACAUAUCCAGUGCAGGUGGUGCAGGCAGGUCCUCUGCUCGUCCUCCACUCCGCUUCACUUCACCUCUCUUCUGCCUUCCCUCCCAAUGGGACGCCGCCGCCAUGUCGUCCUCCUCCUCCUCCUCCUGCUCCUCUUGCAGCUGGUUCCCCGGAUCCUCGCCUCCACCGCCGCCACCCACGGCAAUGGAGAGGCCGCCAUUACCAAGGACGAAGGGGGCAGCGUGGGGGCGAUGAUGAGGCAGACGCUGGGUUCCCGGCCGCCGAGCUGCGAGGGGCAGUGCCAGUGGGCGUGCGGCGGCCGCCGGUGCGAGGCCGUGCAGGUUCCCGUCACUCCGCGCGACCUGGAACAGCAGCUGAAGAAGAAGAAGGAGAAGCGGACAUCGUUGGCGGCAGGACGAGGAGGGGGCGUGCUGUUGCCGUCCUCGUACGACGAGCACUCAAACUACAAGCCGCUCGGCUGGAGAUGCAAGUGCCUCCACUCCUAGUCCUAGCAAGCUUGAAAUCGAUCACGCCAUGGAUCCUAAGCUACCUUCUAGUGGUGUCAAUAUAUAUGAAUCUGAAGCUUCGUUCGUUGUAGUAUUGUACAUGGGAUCUGCAAGCCUUGCUUUUGUGCUCUGCUCUUUCUUGUGUUCGUGUGAUUAAAGUUCAAUUUCUGGGCAGAAAACACGUACUCUUUAGAACUCGUUUACAUUUUAGCUAGUAGUAAAUGAGUAGUACGUUUCUUUUGCUGCACUUUUAACUAGUCAGCCUGUCUCUUGACUCUUCA